ACCGCCGCCGCCCGGGCUAGAUGCCGAGGUAUGAAGAGGAACCUCCCCGGCGCGGGGGCUGAGGCGGGUUCGCGCCCGAGAGCUGCGCGGGUGCGGUCCGGCUGCCACAUGCGGGCUCCGUCCUCUGCGGCCCCUCGCCGGGAUGGAGGUGCCCUGCUGCCGCCGGCGGCAGCUUCCGGUCGUGCUGCUGUGGGUUAACGGUCUAAUGAUGCUUGGAUUCACAGGUGCACAUCAGCAGCCUAAUCUCUGCAAUGAAUCCCUUAUGUUAGAAAAGCUGCCUGCCUGUGGAAAAUCCUUUGAAGAGAUGAUGAAGAAAGUGGACUCAGAAAAAUGGUGCAACCUGACAGAAUUUAUCACGUAUUACGACAACUUCACCCAGUGCACAGAACGUGAAGCCAACAAUGCAAGUUGCUUUUGGCCAAACCCCCUCACAGAGGGCUUUAUCACUGGAAUUCAUAAACAGUUCUUUUCAAACUGUACUUCAGAAAAGGUUCACUGGGAAGAUCCACCAGAUGAAAUUCUCGUAACUCUGAUCUUGAUCCCAGUUAUGUUGACAUGUGCCAUGAUAACAUUAGUAGUGUGGUGCAGCAAGAGAAGUGAUACCCUGGUUUAAGUUGUUCUUCUGGGCCCUCUUUUUCUCAAUUUCCUUCUUCCUAAAACACUUAGAAAGGAAGAUAAAGAGAAAAACUCAAAGAUUUCAGAUUGGAUGAAAUGGAGUAUGUGAGAUGCUGAGAGCCAGUUCUCCUGUGAAUGCAGA